AUGGCCGUGGAUCGGUCAUUAGAAGUACGAGCAGUCGCUGCUGUCUUCUUUGCAUUGGCGUCUGUGACGACGAUUCUACGAUGCUAUGUCCGCCUGGCAGUUGUCAAGGCGUUUGGGUGGGAUGAUGGAGUUAUGGUUCUGGCAUUGCUCUUCUACGCCAUGUUCUCGGGCUGCAUGAUCGGAGGCAGUCUGUACGGUACAGGGAAACACUUGACCGAGUUAACCAAUCACCAGCGGACGACCGCAAUGGAGUACUGGUUCUACUGCGACAUUGGCUACGCCCUCGCCUCAAUUCUCUGCAAAGUUUCCGUCAGCAUCUUCAUCCUGCGCGUGACCAUCGACCGAACCCACCGGAUAACUGUCUGCCUCGUCGGAGGAAUUGUCGUCAUCGCCGGAAUCAUCUUCUUCAUCAUGGUCCUCGUGCAAUGCCACCCCAUGUCGUACUUCUGGAACCAGUUAUCCACCGCAUACACGGGCCCCGGAUCUUGCAUGAACAUGCACAUCAUUGUGGGCGGAUUAUACGCCUUUAGCGCCUCCUCUGCGCUCUUCGACCUCACUAUCGCUAUCCUUCCAAUCUUGCUAGUCCGGAAACUCAACAUGAAGCGCGAUGUCAAAUUUGCUGUCGCUGGACUGUUGGGUAUGGCUUGCGUUGCCUCCAUCGCCGUCUUCAUCCGCAUCCCCUACAUCCACACCCUCUACAGCGUCGACUACCUCUGGGCAACAACCCCGAUAGCAAUCUGGUCCAACAUCGAAACCGGCCUGGGCAUCUUCGCCGGCAGCAUGGCAACUCUCCGGCCCAUCCUCCGCAAGUUCAACCCCUCAACCCGAGGCAACGAAUACACCUCCGAUCCGUGGCCAAGCACCCGCAACAAGCAACGUAACUUCUCCGUCCCGCUCCGGUCCCUCGACACUAACACGACGCGAACACCACCGUCUGAAUUCGACGAUCGCAUGGCGAUGCACACCCAUGAUGAGCGGUUAUACGGGACGACUAUGUAUAGUGUUGAGACGGGGGAGAGGGUGGAUGCGGAUGCAGAUGUGGAUGUGGCCGACGGCGGGGAGAGUGGACAUGGCCAUGGGGGCAGGGUGGAUGAGUAUCCGAUAUUGCCUAAGAAUGGGGCUACGGUUAAUGGUGGUGGGAAUGGCAUCGGGAUGAAGUUUCCUGGGAUUAUUAGUGUUAGGAGGGAGGUUUUGGUCACGACUUCUGCUUAG